AUGAGUACGUAUAAAGAUAAUAAUAAUCAUAAUAAUCAUAUUAGUAACAUGAAUACAAUAGAUCAAAAAAAAUUUUUGGACGAAUGUAUUUUUGUUGUAAAAGAACAAAGCUUCUAUAUGAAGCAAGCACUGGAAAAUGGCUCACUUAGAGAUACACUAAAAUAUGCCUCCAAUAUGUUGUGUGAACUAAGGACGUCUCACCUAUCCCCCAAAUAUUAUUAUGAAUUGUACAUGCUAAUAUUCAACGAACUACAACAUUUAGAUAACUUUAUUAGCGACAAGAAGAAGCAUAAGAAGAAAUUUAUCGACAUAUAUGAGAGCGUACAACAUGCCGGAAAUAUUAUUCCACGUUUAUAUUUAUUAAUUAUAGUUGGUAGGAAUUAUAUAAAGAAUAAAGAUAUAAAAGCAAAGUAUAUAUUAAAAGAUAUGACUGAAUUAUGUAAAGGUGUACAGCAUCCAUUAAGAGGAUUAUUUUUGAGAUAUUUUUUAAUACAAAUGUGUAAGGAUAGGAUACCAGAUACAGGUAGUGAAUACGAAGAAGCGGGAGGAGGAGAUAUUAAUGAUGCUUUUGAAUUUUUAUUAACAAAUUUUUAUGAAAGUUUAAAAUUAUGGAGUCGUAUGAAUGAUAAAGUUCUUAAGGUAGCAAACAUGAUACAAGAUGAUAAUACUGUGAAUAGUAAAAUAAAAAUAUUAAAAGAAAAGAUGGAUGUAAAAAUGUUAGUUGGAUCUAUAUUAGUAAGAAUGUCUCAAUUAGAAGGAAUGACGAAACAAUAUUAUAUUGAAAAUUGUCUACCUAAAAUAUUAUUAUAUUUAUCUAAUAUUAAUGAUUCUUUAAUACAACAAUAUAUUUUUGAAUCCAUAGUACAAGUAUUCAGUGAUGAAUGUCAUAUAUAUAGUUUAGAAAUAUUAUUAAAUGCUAUAUUAAAAAUGAACACUAGUUUAGAUUUUAAAAGUAUACUUAUUACAUUAUUGAAGAGAUUAAGAUCAUUUAUUGAAGCUAAUAAUAAAUGUGAUUUACCCAAAGAUAUUGAUAUAUUUAAUUUGUUUUAUGAUCACUUGGUAGUGUAUGUCAAUAGAACCUUGGAUACCUAUACCAAGGUUAAUUAUAACGAUUCGAUUAAUAGGUCUCCUAAUGAGGAUCACCAUGGAUAUACCCAUAACGACCUUUCCAAAGGGAAGGCAAAGGAUAUAAUAAAUAAUAAUGAUAAUAAUAAUGAUGGUGAUGAUAAUAAUAAUAAUAAUAAUAAAAAUAAUAAUAACAACAAUAAUAACAACAAUAAUAAUAAUAACAACAAUAAUAAUAAUAAUAACAAUAAUAAUAACAAGAACAAUAAUAAUAACAAUAAUAAUAAUAAUUAUUAUUAUAAUAAUCAUAAUGAAGAUAGAUAUAACAUAUCCAAAGGAAGUGUACAAAAUGGACACAUCAAAAUUGAAAAUAUGAACCAAACUAAUAAUGAUCUUAAUAAUAAUAUUAUUAAUAAUAUGGGACAUAUUAAUAAUAAUGAUCUUAAUAAAAAUAAUACAGGCAAAAAUUGUACCAUUGUAAAUACAGACGAGUUUGUAAAUAAUGUCGUAAAAAUGCUGCAAGUUAUAUACGAGUUUAUAUUUUUAUGUAUACGUAUAUAUGAUGAUGAUAUUAUUAUUAGUAAAUUAUUUGCAUUACCAUAUACAAUUGUUUCAAAUGUAAAUAUGAAUAAUGAUACAAUAUGUGAAGAGAUUAUUAGUAUUAUUGUACUUCCAUUUAAUUAUUUAGGGUUAAGUGCUUUAAAUGCAAGAAAUAUGCAAACCUUAUUAAAUAGUAUAACAGAAAAACAUAAAAAAAAAUUAAGCUUAGAUAUUAUUGAUGCUAUUAUAGAAUGUAAAAAAAAAUAUAUAACAUAUGAAGAUGUAGAAAAAAUAUUGAAAUAUAUUUCUUAUAUUUUUCAUGAAAAAGAGAAAAAAAAUAAAAACAAUGAUGAAGAUAUAUUUAAUUUAGAAAAUAAUAAUUCUGCAUAUACAUGUGAAAAAAUAUGUAAAUUCUUUCAUAUUAUUACCAAUACAAAAAAUAUUGAAGAAAAAUAUAAUAUAUGUAUGUUAUUUUAUAAAUAUAUUUCGAAUAGUACCUAUUUAGUACAUUUAUUACCAACUAUUAUAUUUACACUUCUUCAUGUUGUAACCCAGAUAACCAAACUAGGUCAAGAAGAUCAUUUCAAUCAAAAUGAUGAUAAAAACAACAAUAUGAAUACUAUUGACACUAUUAAUAGUAAUAAUAAUAAUGAUAAUGAUAAUGAUAAUAAUAAUAAUAAUAAUAGCAAUAAUAAUAGUAAUAAUCAUAGCAAUAGUAAUAGCAAUAAUAAUCAUACUAUGGAUAAUGAAAAAAAAGAAGAUUUUAUUAAUUCUUCCGAUUCAUAUAAUAUUUAUCCAAAUGAUAAUGAUAAACAAAAUUUAAAUAAUUAUUUACAUAAUAAUCAAAAUAAUUUUGCACUAGAUGAAAAAAAAAUUAAUCAAUAUAAUAUGUAUGUCAAAAAUAUAUUCAAAUUUAUUCAUACCAAUUUAUUAACAGUAGCUAGCCAAAUGCCUAUUGUAACAUUCAAAUUAUUUUUAUAUAGUGCUAUUGUUGUAAAUAAUUAUAAUAGUUUUGUACAAACUCAUGAAUUUUUAACGUUUGAUAAUUUAGAAGCAAUUUGUUAUGAAUUCAUUACACAACCUUUAAUUAUUUAUGAAGAAGAUAUUAAUAUAUCAGCUCAACAAUUUGAUUGUAUUGUAUGGAUUGUAGGUAUAUUAUGUACACAUAUUAAUCUUCUCGAUAAUGAAAACUAUAAUAAUAUUGCUCUGAAAUUAACACAACAUGCUAAUAAAUUAUUAAAAAAAAAAGAUCAAUGUAUUGGGGUAUUAAAAUGCUCCCAUUUAUACUGGGAAAAUAAAAAAUACAGAAAUAACAACAAAGUUAUCGAAUGUUUACAGAAAAGUAUAAAAAAUGCAGAAAUUGCUAUCCAAUCAAAUACUGAUAAUAUAAUACUAUUUACAUAUAUGUUAGACAAAUAUCUAUAUUAUUAUGAGGCACAAAAUAUAGACGUCUCAGAGGAAACAUUACAUUAUUUAAUAGAUAUAUGCCAAGAUUAUUACAAUAAAACUAAUGAUGACACAAACUUUAAACAAGAAUACAAAAAAGUUAUUAAAUAUGUACAUGACAAACAAAAAAAUUCAAAUGUAUUUCAAAAAAUUAAUAUAGAUACAUCCAUAUUAAGAUCAUAA